CGAUAGAGAGCACAACACUACACUCGCAAGCAUUACCAUACCUAGCUAGGGUAGAAGCUGAAACCAUGGCUUCCCGUGCCUUUGCUGCACUGCUUACUGUACUAGCAUUUGUAGGUUUUGGUUCAGUUCCCCGUGCUCUGGCCACGGACCCGACCCAACUCCAGGACUUCUGCGUUGCUGAUAAACUCAGUGCCGUGUUCGUGAAUGGGUUCGUGUGCAAGGACCCGAAGGUGGUGACGGCGAACGACUUCUUCUUCCACGUGGUGCCCGGAGCCAUUAACGCGCAGGGUUCGGCGGUCACGGCCGUGUCGGUGAACGAGCUGCCGGGGCUGAACACGCUGGGCAUCUCACUGGUGCGCAUCGACUUCGUGGCCGGCGGGCAGAACCCGCCGCACACGCACCCGCGCGCCACCGAGGUCCUCAUCCUGCUCCAGGGCACGCUCCUCGUGGGUUUCGUCGGCUCCAACCAGCUCAACAACCAGCUGUUCACGAAGCAGCUGGUGGAGGGCGACGUGUUCGUGUUCCCCCAGGGGCUGAUCCACUUCCAGCUCAACAACGGGAAGAUCCCCGCCGUGGCCUUCGCGGGGCUCAGCAGCCAGAACCCCGGCGUGAUCACCAUCGCCAACUCCGUGUUCGGGACCAAGCCGCCCAUCCUGGACGAGAUCCUCGCUAAGGCGUUCAUGAUCGAGAAGGCCCAGGUCGACUGGAUCCAGGCACAGUUCGCCGCACCGCCGCAAGCCGGCGGCGGCAUGCCUGGUGGUGGCAUGCCUGGUGGCGGCAUGCCUGGUGGCGGUGGCAUCCCCGGCAACGGUACCGGCGGCGGCUAUCCCGGCGUGCCAGGGUACCCCUAAAAGGCUAGUUUAAUUACCUCGACGGCCCGUAGCAUGCAUGCUGCACAAGUGCAGAGAUGCAGAGAUCGACCGACCAGGCCGUCAUCAUAUGCGUAUAACGGGAAGCCUCACGCAGGUUAUAUAUAUGUCUUUGCUCGUAGUAGUGGUCAGGCUGUACACACACGUUGUACGAACUGGUAAAGCCUAGUACGCGUUGCGCGCUACGUAGUGUGUUAGUUUGUGUGUAAUGUGUUUGCGUUGAUGGAGGAGCACUGGCUUGGUUGAAGAACUUGUGGCGAAAUCGCACCGACUACUGUUGCCUCUAUAUGGAAUAAAAUUGAAGUUUCAG